AUGAAGUAUGUGAAGGAGGAGAUUCUGGACGGCACUUUGUCUCGACCGUUGCCCCGGCUCGGCGACCUGGGGAUCCCUUUCAGCCCCUUCACCUAUUCGUCGCCCUUUUACAGGGCCAUCAACGGAUUGCCAAACGCGUUCCAAUACGGGCCGCAGCCUCCGGUGGGUGCAGCGGACGAUAUGGUUCCGGAAUACGCACCGGGCUUCUAUGGGUACCGCAAUGUGGGCAAGCCUUCUGCCGAGUUUGGGGGGCUGGUCCGGUACCCCGGGACGUCCUUUGGCACGUCUUUCGGCACGACGUUGUUUGGCGACCGGCUUAUGGGUCACACUGCUUUUUCGUAUUAA